ACCAGGAAGUAGUAGCGCCACAUGAGGGCCGGCGUUCCAAGGUUGCCAGGCUACGGAACCGCUUUGCAUGCCGGGACGCCGCUGCAUGCCCACGCUGUGACAUCUUCCCCCUCCGCCGCGCAACACGGAAGCAUGGAGGCAGCCCAGGGUUCCCCGGUCUCUGCUCUGUCCCAGCAGCGCAGGCUGAGAGUCAUCACAGGACACCUACAGCCUGGAGCUGCGCCUGGUAUAUCCCUGAAUGAAUGCAAAGCCCCAGCAGCCUCCUCCUCCUCCCCUGAUCCCUCCAUUCCCAAGAAGAGGCAAGAAGUCCUGAAGUGGAAUGGUUGGGGUUAUAAUGAUUCCAAAUUCACUUUCAAUAAAAAGGGCCAAGCAGAGUUCACUGGCAAGAGGUACAAACUUAGUGGAAUGGUGCUACCAGCUUUAAGAGAAUGGAUGGAGAAAACAUUUGGUGCAAGUCUGGAUCAAAAAACUACCUCUCGAGCAUCUUUAAAUGUAAGUGAUGCCCCACCAGCACUUGUAAAUGAAGGAUUUCUCCAGGACAUUAAAGCCAUAGGCAUUUCAUUUUCCCAGGAUGCCGAAGAUCGAAUUUUCCGAGCACAUGGUCAUUGCCUACAUGAAAUUUUUACUCUUAGGGAAGGAAUGUUUAAGAGGAUUCCAGACAUUGUUGUGUGGCCAACCUGUCAUGAAGACGUUGUGAAAAUAGUGGAUCUAGCUUGUACACAUAAUGUUUGUCUUAUCCCAUUUGGUGGUGGGACAAGUGUGUCCAAUGCCCUGGAAUGCCCUGAAGAUGAGACGAGAACUAUAGUCUCAUUAGAUACCUCACAAAUGAGCAGAAUUCUGUGGAUUGAUGAAAAGAAUUUAACAGCUCACAUACAAGCAGGAAUAACCGGUCAGGAUCUGGAGAGACAGCUUGGGGAGAGUGGUUACUGCACAGGCCAUGAGCCAGACUCCAUGGAAUUCAGCACAUUAGGAGGCUGGGUGGCCACAAGAGCAUCGGGCAUGAAAAAGAACAUUUAUGGAAACAUUGAGGAUCUGGUUGUUCACAUAAAAAUGGUAACUCCUAAAGGUAUUAUUGAAAAAAGCUGCCAGGGCCCAAGGAUGUCUACAGGGCCUGAUGUUCACCAUUUUAUAAUGGGAUCCGAAGGGACACUUGGGGUGGUCACAGAAGUUACAAUUAAGAUCCGGCCAGUUCCAGAAUAUCAGAAAUACGGCUCUGUGGUGUUUCCAAACUUUGAGCGGGGGGUGGCCUGCUUACGAGAAGUUGCAAAACAGAGAUGUGCUCCUGCCUCAAUUCGCCUUGUGGACAAUGCACAAUUUCAGUUUGGGCAUGCUCUUAAACCUCAGGUGGCCUCAAUUUUUACUUCAUUUUUGGAUGGGUUAAAAAAAUUCUACAUCACAAAGUUUAAAGGCUUUGAUCCAAAUCAGUUAUGUGUUGCAACCCUGUUGUUCGAGGGUGACCGUGAAAAAGUCUUACAGCACGAGAAGCAAGUGUACGAUAUUGCUGCUAAAUUUGGCGGCCUGGCAGCAGGCGAAGAUAAUGGACAAAGAGGCUACAUGCUGACAUUUGUCAUUGCUUACCUUCGGGACAUUGGCAUGGACUACUAUGUAAUAGGAGAAUCCUUUGAGACCUCCGUUCCAUGGGACAGGGUUCUGGAUUUGUGCUGCAACGUUAAAGAGAGGAUUGUUCGAGAGUGCAAAGAAAGAGGUGUUCAGUUCCCUCCACUUUCAACAUGCAGAGUCACACAGACUUAUGAUGCGGGUGCUUGCGUAUAUUUCUAUUUUGCCUUUAACUACAGAGGUUUAAGUGAUCCAGUUCAUGUCUAUGAAGAAAUAGAGUUCGCUGCUAGAGAAGAAAUCCUUGCAAACGGUGGAAGCCUUUCACAUCAUCAUGGAGUGGGCAAGUUACGGAAACAGUGGCUGAAGGACAGCAUUUCAGAUGUCGGCAUAGGAAUGCUUCAGUCUGUCAAGAACUUUGUGGAUCCAAACAACACUUUUGGCAACCGAAACCUUUUAUAAACACGGCAGUCCUAAUAUUUCUGGAUGUAUGUUAUAAUGUUGUUACAUUUCGUCCUUAGAAGGGUGUGUACAGCAGUGAACAGCCUAUGUUGUAAAGUUGUCCUGGAAAACCAGUGAAGUUUAAAGCAGAACACCGGAUGAGAUGUACUGAAGUGAACAAGCAAAAAUUAUAUAAUAAUAUGCCUAAAAUUACUUUUUCACCCUAAAGAAACAUACAAAUAUAUAUAACAUUGCCCUUUGUGGUCCAUUCUGAAGAAUUCCCUUUAUCCCAGCCUGCUUGUGAGAAUGACAGGCCUACGUUUCUGAUAUCAUAUUCCAGCAGUUGGGAAUUGCAGCUUUUAGCAAGGGUUAUGCUGGUAACUGUAGUUCUCAACCACUGGAAGGAUUGUCAUUUGUGCCUUGGAGCGUUGCUGUUUAUAACAAACAGCAGAGAGACCGAAGACAGACUUUGAUUAAUUACAGUUUUUAAGGCAAGCCCUGUUGGUACACCUCUUUAACUUUGUAAUGCUUGUGUUACUUGACCAGCAAACCACAGGGUGUGUUUUUGGGUCUUUCAUAGGGAAUAUUUGAAAAUAAAUGAAAUAAAACCAGUCAAGCCAUGUUUUUUUUAAACUCUCCACUGUCGCCUUAUCCAUGCCAGUUGUGUAGCAUAUAUUCUUUUUCUGCAUCUGUCCUGAAAGUAGCAGUGGGAUUAUUACCCACCCCUCUUUAUAAGCAGACUGGGAAGAAGAGAAUGAAUGGACCUGAAAGCCCUGGGAUGGGGAUUUAGGAACUGAAUAACCAGAAACACCCCCCCACCCUUUCUUUUCCAAUUUCUUAUGGCUGCCACAUGGGCAUCCUUCUGUACUACCUACUUAGCAAUACAAGCUUUUUAUAACAAUCUGCAGAUAGAACGCACAAAGCGGCUGCUCCUCAUUUCCUCACUGGAAGAAGCCAGCUGUUCUGUGCAAAACCGUCCCCUACCGAGAGAAGAAAAGUCUGACCUUCAGAUCUGUCUACAGAAGCAGCUGUUCACUCUUUUGCUUCUCUCCUGGGAAGAAGACCACAUUAACACGAUUACUGCUUAAGCAAGAUCUGCUUGUACAUUGGAUGUUUAGAUGAGGCAUUCCAGUUACAUGAAAUAUUUAAGCAUCAUUCUUUUUAAAUGGUGAAUAAAAAGCUGCUUGUACCUCUUCCCUGAUGAACUAAAAUGGGGCUUUUGAAUCUAUUUCAAGGCAUGUUUGUCUGAGUUUAACUAAUUUGUCUCUCUUUCAUGGUGUGAUCACAUUUGUAUCUGUAAUUAAGAGAUAAUGUUUUAUUUAACCCUCUCACUACUCUUCGUGACUUGCAGUUGUUUCUCAGCAGCGGAUUGGUUAAAAUCCCAAUUUAUCGAUAUUACAUUUUUGUACAGAGAAGUUAACAUCUUCAUAUUGUAUGUUCAGUACAGAAUUUAUGACAUAAAAUGUUUGCUUUCACCCAA